ACCAAUCGGAAACUGUUUGGUUUGUUUGUUUACAUGUAACAAUGUGGUCACAUUUUAUAACGCCGAUCAAAACAUUAGCUAGAAAGAAUGUUUUACGAUCGGAAUAUUUUAUUAGAAAUUUAAGUACUUCUAAAUUAAAUCAGUGUAAUAAACCAGAAUUAAAAGAAAGUGAUUCAGUUUCAAUUUGUGGAAAUAAUUAUUUACGAGAUGAGUACACUAAUGUCACACCACACAUUUUGUCUUAUGUUUCUAGAAAGUUACAUUCUGUUAAAAAUCACCCAUUAUAUUUAGUAAAGCGAAGAAUUAUGCGCUACAUGUAUGGAAGUUUUUUAAAUCGGGCUGGUAAUCCAUUAUUUUCAGUCUACGACGAUCUUCCACCUGCAGUAGCUGUUGAACAAAAUUUCGAUAGUUUGUUAAUACCCAAAGACCAUCCUAGCCGAAAAAAAACUGACACUUAUUAUUUAAAUGCUGAAUUUUUAUUGAGGACACAUACUUCUGCUCAUCAAAAAGAAUUAAUUAAAAGUGGAUUAGAUCAUUUUGUAAUUAUAGGAGAUGUGUAUAGAAGAGAUGAAAUUGACUCAAAGCACUAUCCAGUAUUUCAUCAAUGUGAAGCAGUUCGUCUUCUUUCACCCCAUGAGGUCCGUAGCUUUGUGCCAUCAAAUGAUGAAAUUAAAGUAUUUGAAAAAGAUGUUAGAAAGCCUGAGAAACAAGCUUGUCAUACACUAGAAGCAGUCAAAUUGAUGGAAAGAGAUUUAAAAAAUUGUUUGAUUGGUUUGAUGAAGAGAUUAUUUGGAAGAGAUAUUGAAUAUAAAUGGACAGAAUCAUAUUUUCCAUUUACUCAUCCAUCUUGGGAACUGGAAAUAUUCCAUGAAGGUGAUUGGAUUGAAAUUCUUGGAUGUGGAAUAAUGGAACAAGAAAUUUUAAAUAAAGCUGGUGCAAAUGAAAAAAUUGGUUGGGCAUUUGGAAUAGGAUUAGAAAGAUUGGCUAUGACCUUGUAUAAUAUUCCUGAUGUCAGGUUAUUUUGGAGUCAAGAUUCUGGAUUUUUAAGUCAGUUUGAUGUAAAUGAUAUUGAUACACCCAUCAAAUAUAAGGAAAUAAGCAAGUUCCCACAGUGUAUCAAUGACAUAUCUUUUUGGGUGCCAAGUGACUAUCAUCCAAAUGACUUCUUUGAUAUAGCCAGAGGUAUUGGUGGAGAAAUUAUUGAACAAGUUCAUAAAAUAGAUGAGUUUUUUCAUCCUAAAAAGAAAAGGCAAAGUUAUACAUAUAGAAUAAUAUACAGACAUAUGGAACGUACUUUAGCCCAAAAAGAAGUCAAUGAAAUUCAUAAACAAAUAGAAGCUGCUGCUAUAAAGAAUCUAAAUGUAGAAAUACGUUGAAAACUCCUACAAAAUUGUUUUGUAAAUAAUUAAAUUUACAUAAUCAA